AUGACUUCUGCAAAAGUAUACCAAGAACGUUUAUGGCUCCAAACAGCUCAACAAUCGACAGAAAAUCAUGGAAAAGUGGGAAACGCUAUGCUCAACUUAAAUUGCACUGGUGGCACCACAAACUGUGCCGUGGCAUAUUUCUGUGUUGAACCAGCUCAAUAA